AUGUUUCUCGUCGCGCGCGGCCGCCGCUCCGCCUCCGCCGCCGCGGCGCGCCUUCUCCCGAUCCCACCGCCUUCCGCCCCCUUCACUACCACCACAGAUGCAUCCACUUCCGAUCCCGACGCCGUGGCCGCGGAGGUCGCCACCCUUCUCUCCCGCUGCUCCGGCGACUGGAAGCUCGCCAUCGCCACCUCCGACCUCCAUUCUCGCCUCUCCCCCGCCGUAUUAUCCUCCCUCCUCCGCCCAAACUCCUCCCCUCCCCUUCACCCCAAGCUCCUCCUCGACUUCUUUUACUGGUCUCGCACGCGCCUGGCGCCGUCAGUCCCCGCCGCCGAUGCAUUCGCCCACCUCGCCGUACACCUCUGCGCCGACUCCCUCUUCCCACAAGCUAAUGGCCUCCUCGAACAGAUGAUACGCACCUACCCCUCCACUCCCCUCGUCCUCAGCUCCAUCCAACGCGCGCUCACGGAUUCCAGUUCCACAUCUGUCCUCAACGUGCUGGUAGAUACCUACAAGAAGGCUAGAAGGGUCCGUGAUGCCGCCGAGGUCGUCCUUCUUAUGGAACAUGCCGACCUGGCCCCGAGUCUGCGCUGCUGCAACGGGCUGCUCAAGGACCUGCUGCGCGGAGGCCACAUGGAUCUGUUUUCAAAGGUGCGGGGAUUCAUGGCCAGCGCCGGGAUUUCGCCAGACGUCUAUACAUACUCGACUAUGAUCGAGGCGCAUUGUAAGGUCAGGGAUUCUGAUUCAGCCGCAAAGGUGUUUGAGGAAAUGCGUGAGAGAGGGUGCAGCGUGAAUGUUGUGACAUACAAUGUGCUGAUUGGUGGGCUAUGCCGCUGCAGUGCUGUUGAAGAGGCCUUUCGGUUCAAGAAGGAAAUGGUGGAAUCUGGGCUAGUUCCAGAUGAGUUUACUUAUGGUGCGCUCGUUAACGGUCUCUGCAAGGGCCGCAGGUCGAGCGAGGCUAAGUCGUUGUUGGAUGAGAUGUCCUGUUCUGGGCUGAGGCCGAAUAUAGUAGUUUAUGGGACUCUACUUGAUGGGUUUAUGAGGGAGGGCAAUGUGGCUGAGGCUUUUAAGAUUGUCAAGGAGAUGGUUGCUGCUGGCGUGCAACCAAACAAGUUCACUUAUGACAAUCUCAUUCGAGGGAUUUGUAAGGCGGGAGACAUGGACAUUGCUUCCAAGCUGCUCAAGGAUAUGCUCAAAGUUGGUAUUAUGCCUGAUACCAUGACAUACAAUUUUGUCAUGGAAGGGCAUUUUCGACAGCGUAACAAUGAAGCCGCUCUUCAGCUUCUCACUGAAAUGAGGAAUGCAGGCAGUUCUCCUAAUGUAUAUACUUACAGCAUAGUGGCUAACGGAUUAUGCCAGAGUGGUGAGUCGAAAAAAGCAGAUGAUCUCCUCGAGGAAAUGAUUCAAAAAGGUUUGAAGCCAAAUGCUUUUGCUUAUGCACCUGUAAUCUCAGGGCACUGCAGAGAAGGUAAUGCCUCAUUGGCAUGUGAUGUUCUUGAAAAGAUGAUCAAGGCGAAUGUACUCCCUGAUUUGUACUGCUACAAUUCUCUUAUAGUUGGACUAUCUAAUGUUGGAAGGAUGGUGGAAGUCACAGAGUACCUUGCUCAGAUGCAAGAUAGAGGAUUGGCACCAAAUGCAUUCACAUACAGUGGUCUCAUUCAUGGAUAUAGUAAGAUCGGGAAUCUGGAAAAGGCUGAGCAGUUAUUCGAGCAUAUGCUUAGCAGUGGGCUAAAACCAGAUGAUGUUAUCUACGUUGACCUCCUGGAAGGUUACUUCAAGUCAAAUGACAAUGAAAAGGUGUCAUCUAUUAUUCAAUCCAUGUCAGGCCAGGGAGUUAGUCCAGAUAACCAUAUGUGUGGGAUUGUGAUUCAUAAUCUGUCCAUGUCUGGCAGUAUGCAAUUGGCUUUUACGGUUCUUUCAGAGAUUGAGAAGACUGGAUUUGUUCCUGAUGUGCGUAUAUACAGUUCAUUGUUAUCUGGUCUGUGUAAGACAGCUGACAUGGAGAAAGCAUUUGCUCUUCUUGAUGAAAUGGCUAAAAAGGGACUAGAACCUGACAUUCUAUGCUAUAAUACACUAAUUGACGGGUUUUGCAAGUCUGGUGAUAUACUACAUGCCCGUAAAGUCUUUAAUAUCAUAUUAGAUAAGGGCUUAGUGCCAGAUUGUAUGACAUACACAGCUUUGAUAGAUGGAAACUGCAAAAUCGGUGACAUCACUGAUGCUUUUGAUUUGUAUAAUGAAAUGCUAGCUAGAGGAGUCGUUCCAGAUGCGUAUGUCUAUGCUGCACUUACUGCUGGAUGCUCAAAUUCCGCAGACCUUGAACAGGCAGUGUUUAUAACUGAAGAAAUGUUUGUUAGAGGAUAUGCCAGUGUUUCCUGUUUCAACACUUUGGUCCAUGGCUUCUGCAAACGUGGCAAGAUCCAGGAAACUUUAAAGUUGUUCUGUGUGAUGAUGGAUAAAGACAUAGUGCCUAAUGCACUUACUAUUGAAAAUGUCAUAAAUGGACUUGGUGAGGCAGGAAAACUCUGUGAAGCACACACAAUUUUCGUUGAGUUGCAACAGAAGGAAUCUUCACAAAGUGCUACCACUCAGUUCUCUUUGUUGUUUAUGGAAAUGAUAAAUAAAGGACUGAUUCCUCUAAAUAUCAUAGAUGACGUGAUUCAAGCUCAUUGUAAAGAAGGGGAUUUGGAUAAGGCUCUAAUGUUGCAUCAUGCUGUAAUGGAGGAAGGUUCACUAAUGAGCUGCUCAACGUAUAUUGCUCUUGUGGAUGGCCUUUGCAGGGCGGGGAAGUUAACCGAAGCUUUGGAUUUGCUAAAAGAAAUCCAGAAGCUAGGUAUUCAUCCUAAUGAGGAUCAAUGCUUGAUGCUAUUGAAUGAUCUUCAUACAUCAGGAUAUAUCCAAGAAUACAAUAAAGUGUUUGAUGCUAUGUUGUGCCACAAAUGGUUACAAAAGGAUAAACACUGCAAUUUGGCUGGUGUAAUCUAGAAGCUGUAUCCGUACAAGAGAAUACUUUACAUAGUAAUUCUGACAUUAUGGUCUGCAAGUGCCAUAUGCAUGUAUGCACCUUUUUUAUUUGAGAGUUUUAUUAGAUAAAUAUAUUCAAGGAAAUGUCCCAGUA